GGUCUCGGCAGUGUUCCUUCACCUCCCAUUUCAACUCUAUUUGGAUCGGCGUCAUCAGAAUGUUCAACACAGGUUACACCGCGUGAGAGACCCUUACUGCCCCUUCAAUUGGACGCCAUGAACGACAAACCGGCUACAGGACGCGGCUUUUUUCUCAUUGUUGAACGUCUCUCUAAUACUAUUCACUAUAGGAAAUUCUUCGGUCGUACUGUUGUGAUCACUGGAGCCUCUCGUGGUAUCGGCAAGGAGAUCGCAUUAAAAUUAGCGCAGGAUGGAGCCAACAUUGUCAUAGCUGCAAAGACGGCAACUGCUCAUCCGAAACUCCCAGGAACUAUCUAUACAGCUGGCGGAAGAAAUUGA